AUGGCGUACAGCAUCUAUAGAUAUACGUUAAGCUUAUUAUGCGUGGAGCACAUGUCCUACGACGGCUAUAGGCUAACGCUAGCGGAUUCCUACUUGCCUAAAUCUGCUAUACCUACGGAGCUAGGACCGGAUGCUAGUAUAAUAAUCUAUGCUAGUGCUAAUAAUUGUCUUGGCCUCUCGAUAUUAAAGCUUGGGGAGUAUUGUAACAAAGGCUAG